CCCUCAAAGCAGCCCAGCUCUGACUUGGUUCGCUGCUGCGGUGAGGCUGUGGACUUGGGGACAACAGCGGAGCUGCGCCUGUUAAAAAACGUCAGAGAAUCUUAUUAUAAAACAUCCCCACUACACAGGCGCCCCCCAUCAUUCGUAAUCACACAUACACGCUUUAUUUCGCUACACUUCAUUGACAGCGUUCCCUUUGUAAAACCGAGCCCAGCCAUGUCGAACAAGGAGGAGAAGCCCGCAGAACAGAACCAGUCCACCUGGAAGGAUUUUAUCUACAAUCCGCGGAGUGGAGAGUUUAUGGGUCGCACCGCCAGCAGCUGGGCGCUGAUCCUUCUCUUCUAUCUAGUCUUCUAUGGUUUCCUAGCCGGGCUGUUCACACUCACUAUGUGGGUUAUGCUUCAGACAUUGGAUGACUACACUCCAAAGUACCGCGACAGAGUCUCUAAUCCAGGUUUGGUUAUAAGGCCAAGAGAAAUGGAUAUAUUUUUUAACAGAUCAGAUCCUUUAAACUAUCGCCAAUAUGUCCAGCAUCUUGAAUCAUUCUUACAGCAGUAUAAUGAUACAGAACAGGACAAAAAUGUUGUCUGUACACCUGGAGUUUAUUUUGACCAGGAUGACAUGGAAACUCAGAAGAAAGUGUGCCAGUUUAAGCGUAGUUCCCUGGGCCUUUGCUCUGGACUGCCAGACACCACCUUUGGGUAUGCAGAAGGGAAACCUUGCGUACUGGUGAAAAUGAACAGAAUUAUUGGACUUAAGCCACGAGGGAGUCCUUUCAUAAAUUGCACUGCUAAGAAAGAAAACAGUCUUCAAAUGAACUAUUUUCCUGUUGAAGGGAAAUUUGACUUAAUGUACUUUCCUUAUUAUGGAAAGAAAGCUCAUGAAAACUAUGUGCAGCCUCUGGUGGCUGUGAAACUCAACCUGACAGGCAGCGACUACAAUAAAGAACUGUCCGUGGAGUGCAAGAUUGAGGGCUCAGACCUGAGGAAUGACGACGAACGUGACAAAUUCCUGGGCCGGGUGACCUUCAGGGUGAAGGUCACCGAAUAGCGGGUGCAGGAGGCGCGCACGAUGCCAACUUUGUGUUGUCACUUAAUUUGAAUCAGCUGGACCUGCCAUUUUGGGACACAAGACCACUUUGUACAAGGGGGUUGGAGCUAGGUGGCAUUCAUGGUAGCAUGAUGGUGUGCUUCCAGAUCUUAGUUUUAAACCCCUAAUGUGUCGCUGCCCACUUUGCCCCUGCCUGCCUCUGUCAAGAUCCCCACCCUACCCCACCCCUUCAAGCCCUCUGACCUCUUUACUCCUGCAGUCUGAACAGAACAUGAACAGAUUAAGACAUCGUGCCAUACUAGGGACCUGUAAAUAGCUGUAUUUCAAGCAUUUAAUUAAUGUGGUCUUUUUUCCUUAUUGUGAUGUGGAUUUUAUCCCCUGUGAGUGUUGCUUUUUUGUGCUGUUUCUAUGUACAUAUUUAAUGGAUUAAACACUGGUUUAAAGGUCAUGUCACACCAUGCCAGACCAUUUUAAGGAAUCAAAAGACACAAAAAAGAUACAAUAUUCAAACUGAAGCCGGCCAGACUUUUAAAGUGAUUUUUUUUAACCUCUGCAAAAAUCAUGAUUGAUGCAGAUUCCUUAAGACCUGUAUGGAAGAGACCAAGAGAAUCUUGAAAUAAAGGUGAUUUUAAACAAA